AUGUGUUCUGACCCUAAAACUUCUAAUACUACCCGUAGAAGAGCUUUUAUAUACAAUGUUUCCAAAAAAACCGGUGAUAAUAAACUAGGUCUUGUUGACAAAGAUAAGAACAAGAAUCAUGACAAUAAUGUCACACAAUAUAACAGUACUCAACCUCUAAAAAAAAAAAGACGGUCCAGUUUUUCUACAGCUUUAAAUUCUCCACUUAUAAGAAAUUUAGAAGAUAAACAAAAAAAAAGAAAAACAGAUGCAUUUGAUGACUUUAACCAAGAUACUUUCAAAACCGAUACUUUAUCCGCUGCUUUUGAAAAUGAUGACGAUAAGAGCAGUGAAAAUGGCAUUAUUACUGAUGAAAGUGACAUUGAUGAAGAACUGGAAAAAGCAUUAAGUUCAUCUCCAGGUAGAGAGUUAAAGAAAAUUGACUACAUCGAGCUACGAAAGAUGAAAGCAGAAAAACUGAAAGAUGCAGCUCUACUGGGAAGAUUAGAGGAUAAAAAAAAAGAAUCCGUACAGAUUAAUAAGGUGGCCGAAAAGAUGCUCGAAAAGAGCCAUCAAAAAUUCCAGGAUAUUGGGAAAGUAUUGGAUGAAAUAAAUGACGAGACAUUAAAAUUCGAGAGAAAGUUAAAACUUCGUCAUAGAUAUAUGCAAUUGUACCCCCAUUUACCACCAGUAUUAAACAAUGAUGAAUUAGAAUCUUCUGUGAGAGAAUUCUUACCAUUGUGUCUAGAUAUUUUAAAGGGAAAAAGGACUUCCAUCUAUUAUGGAAAUGCUAAAAUGUUAUGCGAAUCCUCCACCAAAGCAAUGUUAAAUGUAGAAGAAUUAAGGCAAGUUCUUUAUGAUACGCCUGAGAAAUUUCAAGCCGGAUUUUAUGGUUUAAAGAGACAGACAAGGGUGGCAGACCUGAUAUUAACUAAAUAUAAAGGCGAAAUUGAAAGAGCUUAUAAAAAUCCAAUAGUUAAAUGGUGGGGGGUGGAUGAUUUUAGUAAAUAUGUUUUAAGUCCAGAAAUAUUGGCACAUUGUUGUAAGAAUCAAAUGAAUUUAGAAACAAUAGAUGAUGCUUGGGAUAUUAUGGAAAAAACUACCGAAUUUGGCAGCAUUGUAGCUGAUACUGACCCAUUAGAUAAAUGGGAGAUAGAUUUUGAAAGAGAAAAACUUGAAAAGCUAGGGUUGGGUGUGAAGUACGGUAGUGAAUACUACAAAAGAACUAAUAAAUAA